GUGAUUGGUGGCAGGGAACUGGGUCAGCCACACUACACACGACACAGAGCAUAUUUGUGUUGACAGUUCGCGAGCAGUAGAGUACUUCCGGCUGUUCCAGCGCGAGGCAGCUCAAAUUAUGAUCUUAAAUUUAAACGGAAGAGCUGUUUGAAAUGAGUACAAGGAAAUUCAAGACAUCGAGAAGUUGUGCACUUAUGGACAGUCACUCAUUGUGUCUACAGCCUCGGAUCAUACUACACCACUGACCUGACGAUAUUCGAAGAUAAGAAACAUGUCCGGAGAAGACUGACGGCCACGACCAUGAAUAGCAGUGCCGAAGGCGUGCAAGUGAGCACUCCCAAAGAUUAUCUCUACAGCAAGGUCAAGCCCAAGCAUCUCCGGAACUCUCUUCUAGAGGAGCAUGGGAAGAGCGACAGGGAGCGCGAACAAGGAGGGAGAAACGUCAGCGAGAAAACCCGGCCCCCAAAGCCACAGAGGACGCUUUCUCGACAGAACAGCAUGUCAGAUUCCGGGAGGCAACCCGAGGAGGCUGAGACGCAGCAUCGCAACGACACCGAAAUCAGCCGCAAGAAAACAGGGCCACCAGUCUUAGACAGCAACGAGAGGAGUCGGGAAGACAGCAAAGUCCCGUUCUCACAGACACUACCUUUCAAGGUAGGAGGUGGGACAGCUGGCUUUAGAGAGAACGGUCAGUUUACAGGGGCCACGUGGCUUGAUGGUGGUGCGGCCACUUUCCGUGGCGGAGAUAAUCCGCCGAGAGCCACGUCACUCCGCGUGGGCAAGCUAGACAGUCAUUCACUCAGCAGUGAAAAAAUUGACUGGUGCCCGCCAGUUUUGAGGGAAACAGUCGCUCACUGUUCAAAUUCGAGAGCACACGAAUAUGAUUCGGAGAGUCACGAUAAGAGCAGGCCAGGCUCAUCAGUGGCGUCAGUCAAAGAAAACGCGAUGCGCUUGGAAGAAGGCGGGAUUUUAGCGCACCCCACCGCCAUUUCUUCCGACGAACUGUCAAAGUUAGCGAGUAGCGGGCGAUGGAUGUGUGAUGCCAGCGGAGUUAAGGGUGACAAAUAUGAGAUCGACAAGGAAACGACGAGCGUGCCCGCACUGGACGACCCACACCUGAUAGGCUCUCUUUCAUUGGACGCCAGUGACGAUGUGUCCACAGAGCGUUCUUCCAGCCCCGUGCCUGCACCUGCAGACGAGUCGAUUACGUGUGAACUUGACAGCAUCGAUGUUCUCCAGACCUGCGCAUUCUGCCAGCAGCACUGCUCAGACUUGAAACUUUUGCUCUGUUUUCAUACACUGUGCUCGGAGUGUGCGGCGCCCAUAGACGCGGACGGGUCUGUGGUUAUCGUCUGCCGUCUGUGCAACCAAUCACAUGUUUUUCCGCGAGAAGGUGUCAUCGCCUGGAAAGACUUGUAUCCGGGGCUGCUGAAUCAGUAUUGCGUUCGUCCGCAACUGUCAGACAGCAAUAACUUAUCGACGAUAGAAGACGGUGGGUCGUUACACAAAAGGCGACGAAACGACGUCAACCAAGGACGCAGAAGAAGUCUCGCUCGUGCCACCCGCGGACAUCUCUGUUUUGGUGAGCUCCCAAAGCGGACAGCGGCAAGUCAGCGCCUCCGCGGACUUACCGUGCGCUGGAGCCGAUGAGGCAGACGGAGGUGAGCAGCAGCAGUGUGGCGCGUGCAAGGCAAACGCAGAGGCGCAGUUCCUCUGCAUGAUCUGCGGCGUGCUUAUGUGCAAGGCGUGCCGAACGGCGCACGAGAACCUGCCAGUGACACGAUGCCACGAGGUAGUGCACGUCCCGUCCGGUGGGCCCUCGCCGCUGAAACUACUAGAGAGCUUUCAGCCAUCCUGCGCACAUCACGGCCGCGACCUGGCCUAUGCCUGCGCAACAUGCGGAGUUUUCGCCUGCCACUGUUGCCUGAUGCCCUCGCACGUGGAGCAUGAGGUGGUAGACCUGACCAGCCUGCGGCAGAGCAAGAGAAAGGCCUGCAGCACAUUGCAGCGCGCCCUGAAGCAGCACGCUCUUUCCGUCAAGUCCACUCGUCGACGGCUAGAGGAGCGCUUGGCCCGCACCAGCCAAAACUGCCGGGCACUGUGCGAUGCCAUUCAAGCAUGUGCCAGCCAUAACAUCGAUCAGAUCGCGACGCGGGCCUCAGAAAUGAAGAAAAGCGUGCGCCUAGUGCUGAAAGCACGCAAGGAAGGGCUGGAGAAGGACUUGCUGCAGCUGCAGCAGGUGGAACGCAAUGGCAACCGCCUGCGCUGCGUUUUGACCGCCGUAACGCAAAAGACUCCGCACCUGACAAGCCUGACGCUGCUGCACACAUGCCAGGCCAAGUUUGAAGCACUUCAGCAGCAGCGGCCGUUGCAGGGCGAGGACUUCGACAGCUUGGCCUUCUGCAAGAACCUUCGCAUGGAGGCAGAGCUUCUGGGCGAGUCAUUUGGCAGUGUCCGGCAUGUGCGUCAGGCGCUGUCCGAGAAGGUCGUGUCCCUCGUGCGCGUCUUUCAGACCCACACCAAACUGAGCGACUUGGCGAUAACGCCGUACGGCGAGAUCGUGUGUGUUUCGCGCUUCUGCGCCACCUGCCACGUGUGGGACGAGCAGGGCGUGCUGCUGCUGGUGGACGCUAGCCUUCACGUGAACCAGCCCACUUGCGUGGAGGUCACACCUGAUGGGGUCAUCGUUGUCCUGGAUGUCUCCAGCAAUGGCGAGAACCAGAGCACCAGCGCGUGCUUGAAGUUUCUUUCGCCUUCCGGCUCCUUCUUAUCGCAGAUAGGCUUGUCCUGCGAUCCCGACCGUACGUGGUUUCACGUUCCGGACAGCACGAGGGUGCUUAUCAGCGACGGGGCCAACCGAAAGGUCACGAUGGUGGGGCUGAACCGGAAGAACCGGAGCCUGUCGUGCGUCUUGCACACAGUUGAAGACGAGGUCCUGCUGUCAUGCCCCCGGCACGUGGCUAUGACUAUCACCGAGGACUUGCUGGUCAGCGACGGGGGCACGACUUUAAGAGUGAUCUCUCCUGGCGGCCACAUCAACACGUUACUGACGGAGGACGAGCCCUUCAUGGCGCUGGUAGAGAGCGACGGCACUGCACAGCGCGCUCUAAUCAGCGUCUGCUGCGACCGCCACGGUCGUGUACUAGCCGCGGACAGCAGCAAAUGCGGUCUUUACGUCAUCACCGGUGCCGGCUGCCGUGAAGGCGAGCGGCACUUCGUGUCCCUACGCGAGGCAAGCUCCGCCUGCACGCGCCUGACCGCCAUGACGGUUUGCAGGCGCCAGGGGCUCAUCUUUGUUGCCAUGGAGGACGGCCAGGUCAGCAUCCUCAGGCUGGGCAACAAUGAUGACAGCGACGACUCCGACGGUGAUAAUUACGUCAACCUUUGGGAAUAAUGACGAGUCGAUGGAGUAAGAGUAUUCUGCCUUAAAAACAACACUUUGGCAUUUAGACAUAAUGAAAAAAAAAAAAGCAGUACUACCAUUUUCUUUUAAACAUUGGGCAAUCUUUGUACUGAGUGACAGAUGUGCGUGUCCCAUUUCUGUGGGGGCGAGGAUUCGCGACAGCUUGGAAUGGCUACUGCAUUGGUAAGAAAAUGUUGAUUGGAAAGGAUGAUGUGACAACUGUUGCAUUUUGCAACAAAUGAGUAUUAAAAAACUGAAAGCUCACAAACAUUGGAUCUUGGAAAAUAAAAACUGUUAUUUGAAUUCUACACAGUGAACCCAUGGGAACCAAAAAUUAUGUGAUAGAGAUCCUAACUAGUGAUAUAUAGAGAUCCCAAAACAGUGAUUCACGAAAGCAAAGAUAACCUGUGCAGUGAUAGAAGCCCGGAUAGGGGUGGGUGGGUUGAGAGAAUCUGUCUUUCACUAUUUUAAUAUCCGCUUUUCGCUAAAAUAGCCAAGCGGGUAGAUAUGACAGCGAUGUAAAAGAUGACUUAUAGUUUGUUAAAAAAAAAUGUCAAGGGUGUGAAGCAUUCUCUUUUUGUCGCAGGAUAUUCUGUGACGCGCCAUCUUUACCUAACAAUAACCAUCGCACUUAUCCUACACUCCCUCCCCCCCCCCCC